GAAAGAUUAAAUCGCUCGUGUGAUCUGCAAAGACAGUAAGGUGCCUCAGUCUGGAUCUUUGGGCGUUCCUUUGUCCGCUGGGCAGAGCAAAGACCUACCAGCCGAAGUUAUAACGCAAAUUUGUCAAUGAAUCUGGAGCUGGAUAUCAGUGCCUGCCAAGUAACCCACCAUGAAAGGCAAUUUGUCAAGAAAACGUGCCAUUUUGGGGAUGCUCAUCAUUGCGUUGAUUUUGUACUUAUUUUACUCUUAUGUUAACAGAGGACAUGUGAUGAACUCUCCAUUAGGCUCAGUAAUAUGGACUGCACAUCCCAGUGCACGUUUAGGAAACAAGAUGGGAGAAAAUGCAGUGCUAUACGCCCUAGCCAAGCUGAAUGGUCAUCAAGCAUACGUUUUACCUCAAAUGCAGAAUGAGCUUGGAAAGAUUUUUAAAAUAUCAUUGCCUGUUCUCCCCCAAAAAGUUGCAAAUUCGAUCAAAUGGAGGGAAUAUAAACUACAGGAUUGGAUGGCCCCAGAAUAUUUAAACAUCUCUGGACAAUACGUGAAACUUUUUGGUACUCCAUGUUCAUGGACCUUUUAUCAUCACAUAAGAGAUGAGAUUCUACGAGAAUUCACUUUCCAUGAUAGAAUCAUAGAUGAUGCCAAUUCCCACUUGGAAAAAUGUAAAGGGUCCAAGGUUAAUGUGACUUUUGUUGGGGUUCAUGUUCGCAGAGGAGAUUAUGUUGAUGUCAUGUCUAAGAUAAGGAAGGGAGUAGUAGCUGACAGAAAUUACUUGCAACAAGCCAUGGACUAUUUCAGACACAAGUAUUCUAACCCUCUCUUUGUGGUGACCAGCAAUGGUAUGGAUUGGUGUAAGGAAAACAUUAAUCAUACACUAGGGGAUGUCUACUUUGCUGGAGAUGGCCAAGAAGGGUCUCCUGCUCGUGAUUUUGCUUUACUGGCGCAUUGUAACCACACCAUCAUGACUAUUGGAACAUUUGGAUAUUGGGCUGCAUACUUGGCCAGAGGGGAAACAAUUUACCUUACAAACUUCACGUUACCAGAUUCUCCAUAUCUUAAUAUUUUCAAGUACGAAGCUGCUUUUCUCCCAGAAUGGAUUGGUAUUGCUGCAGAUCUUUCUCUACUUUUGAAAAACAAGGAAGAUCAUCGUAAAAUGUCUUAACAUUUUUACCCAAAGUAGUAGGAGCCACGGACAAUUUUAGUCUACACUGUUAUGUCUCUUAACAGAUCUUGUUUAGUGACUAUGGUUACACGGACUGCACUUUUUGUUUAUAUAUAUUUCUGUCUAUAAAUUGGACAUUUUUAUUGAGUUACAGAAAUCAUAAUCGGGGACAUUUAUCAUCGUUGCUUAGGUAAGGUUGCUUUUUUUUUUUUGCUUUGGUUUUGCUUAUGUGUGACAACCUUAUCUUACUAUCACAGGGGGUUGAUAAAUUUGGCUUACAUAAGCAAAAUCCAAUAAAUCACUUUUGAAUAAAAUAUAUAAAAAACAUGAAAGGGCAAAACUGGAGACGGAUAAUGAAACUAACCCUGAAAUGUUCUUUAAAGAGGUU